CCAUCACCUCCGCACAUGGCUGCCGAGUCGCUGCAGCCGCUGCGCGACGUCACGCGCCUGAGUGCGCGUGUCGUGCGUGUGCUCGGCGCCAACCCGGGCAAGUACACGCUACAAGGCACCAACACAUACCUCAUCUCGGCACCCCAGCCCAGCGGCAGCCCGCGGCGGGGCAGCGCAGGCAGCAGCAGCGGCAGCAGCAGCGCCGUCGCCAGCAUCCUCGUCGACACGGGCGAGGGGCAGCCGGGCUACGUGGCGACACUCGAGCGCGUGCUGCGCGGCAGCGACGAGGGCAUGGGCGGGCGCCGCAGCCUCGUGACGGACAUCAUCCUCACGCACCGGCACGGCGACCACGUCAACGGCCUGCCCUCGGUGCUCGAGCUGCUCGCACGGCUGCGCAGCGAGGACGGCGGCGCCGCCAGUAGCAUCGACACCGACGACACCACGGCGGGCCCGCCGCGCCUGCACAAGUUUCCCGACCCGGCCACCGACGCCGCGCUCGUGGAGAAGCUGCAGGCGCUGCCGGCGGGCUCGUACACGGUGCACAAUUCGCCCGCGGGGCCGUCGCCGCUGCACCCGCUCGCACACGGCGACGUGCUGCACGUCGGCGCAGAAGAUGACGCAUCCACACUCGAGGUGCUGCACUCGCCCGGCCACACGACGGACCACGUGGCGCUGCUGCUGCGCGAGGAGCAUGCGCUGCUGACGGGCGACAAUGUGCUCGGGCAGGGCACGUCGGUGUUCGAGGACCUCAAGGCGUACAUCUCCAGCCUGCGGCUCAUGAAGGAGGCGCUCGUGACCUCAGGCGCGUCGCCGCACCUGGAGGAGGAGAAUCGGCUGUACCCGGCGCACGGGCCGCACAUGGACAACGGGCGCGUGACGCUGGAGCGCUACGUCGAGCACCGCCUGGCGCGCGAGGCGCAGCUGCUCGAGCUGCUGCGCAAGACGCCGCCCGAGGACGACGACAGCUGGACGAUUCGCUCGCUCGUCGCCACGCUCUACGCCGGCUAUCCCGAGGGCCUGUACCUGCCGGCGGCGCGCGGCAUCUGGCUGCACCUGCAGAAGCUGGCGCACGACGGCGCCGAGGGCGCGGCACACAUGCGCGGCCAGCGCCUCAGCUGCACCAACGACGCCGAGAUGGACGACCUCAAGCUCGAGGGCGAGAACCGCUGGCUGCUGGCGAUGGACCAGAAGUGGCGCCUCAGCGAGGCGGUCAAGAUGUGAGGCGGGUGCGAAGGAAGACGCGCGUCGGUUGGCGACGCAAUAUAUCCCUGUCCUUCGCGGAGCACGAGACUGUCAUUCAGAGAAGAUCAUGUACAGGAGAGACGCGAAGGAAGGAGAUCUACAUCGGCGGAGACGCGGCGAGCCGGAGUCGGCGCAGGCUCUCGCUGCGCGCUAGUCAGCGACUGAACGUGCCGCCGCCGCUCGUGUUGCUGCUACUGUUGUUGUUGCCGCCGGUCCCGCUGCUCUGGUU